GCACGUCUCGCGGGUCGUAUGAUUUAGGUAAUGUGGUACCAGUUUUGUAUAUUUCUGUAACUAGUGUAGUGCCAUUUUUUCUAUUAUAUUUAGAUCAGGUAGUUCUGGGUGCUAGUUUUAGUGUGAGCGUUCGUGGGAGGAAGUAAGUAGAUUUAAGGGAUCUCGCGAAGACGACCGACCCCUCGAUUCAGCCGACGAUGUUCCCUCUCCAGCAACUGGAUCCCUGCUACUGCCUGGACCACCUCACGGACUGCGUCCACACCAGCCUCACCCACAACCCCUUCCUGACGCAGAGGCUCUUCAACCCGUACUACCCCCAGCUGUGGUUCCCCCUGCCGAUAAAGGUGGCGCAGCCCCGUCCGGAGAAGCCGCCCUAUUCCUACAUCGCCCUCAUCGCCAUGGCCAUCUCGUCCUCGCCCAAGCAACGGCUGACCCUCAGCGGGAUCUACAGAUUCAUUAUGGACAAUUUCCCUUACUACAGAGAAAACAAGCAAGGCUGGCAGAAUUCUAUCAGACACAACCUUAGUUUAAAUGACUGUUUUGUGAAAGUGCCCAGGGAUAAAGUGUCGCCUGGGGGCGGUGAGCAGGCCGGAGGGAAGGGCAGUUAUUGGAUGCUGGACCCCAAGGCGGCCAAUAUGUUCGAGAAGGGCAACUACCGCAGGAGGAAGACGAGGAGGCAGAGAAUCGCUGAGUGUACUGCUAACAUGUAUCAGGAACAGGCCCUCUCUCUAGUCACAAGAACGGCAGAGUCGCUCUCAGAAGGCGAGGAGCACGUGUCCGAGACGUCGAGAAGAAACAAAAAUUCCAGUCUAUUUACCAUAGAGAAUUUAAUUAAAAGUAACGAGUCCAGUCAUAAACUUGUUUAAAUAAAUACGACGUUUCAUCUUUUCUUUGAAGUUGCCAUGUUUUUGUGAUUUAAAUUAUUUGUAUUAGUUUUGAGGAUUUCUCAACAAAUAAAAUU